ACUUUUUUUCUUGGAUUUUAUUACUGGAAAACUCUCUAAUGACAACAUUGCUUAGGAGCUGAGUGUUGUGACCUGCCCUGCUCCUGCCCGCUUGGUGUGGCAACGACCUGAAGGACGUCUUGGAGCCACCUGUACUGCUUCAUGCAGUUAAAUGUUCUGAGGUCAUGAAACUUAAUCCACAGCAAGCCCCGUUAUAUGGUGACUCUGUUAUUACAGUGCAGCUGACUGAGGAAGAUAAAGUUGAAGAUGAUGUAGUUUUUUAUUUGGUCUUCACUGGAUCAACUGUCCAACACUGCACAAGCACAAGAAAGAUUAAUCCUGGGAGUCUGGAGACCAUUUCUCCUGGCCAUGACUGUUGUGAGACAGUGAAGGUGGCACUUUGUGCCUCCAGAGAAGGUCACCCUGUUCUGAUUGUGGCAGAAGAGAGUUUCCAGUUUGUCCAGGAUGAAGCUUACGAUGCCGCCCAGUUUCUGGCCACCUGUGCUGGCAACCAGCAGGCGCUGAACUUCACGCGGUUCUUGGACCGGUCCAGACCCCCUGCUGCAGACGUGGACUUUCUGGAUGAGAAAGUGGCUUUGGCAUUUCGACACCUGAAACUUCCAGCAGAAUGGAACGUGCUGGGAGCAGACCAGUCCCUGACCGAGAACAUCCCUCGGGAGACACUGAUGCAUUUUGCGGUGAGGCUGGGUCUGCUGCGGCUGACGUGGUUUCUGCUCCAGCAGCCGGGAGGAAGAGGAGCUCUGAGCAUCCACAACAACGAAGGGGCAACGCCCGUCAGCUUGGCCUUGGAGAGGGGCUACCAGAAGCUGCACCAGCUUUUGACAGAGGAGGAGGCCAGGGAGCCGGACUCCUGGAGCACCUUGUCUCACACGGUGCACUCGGGGGACUACAGCGUGAAGCACCACCGCGGGCUCGACGUGUACCUGCUGACGGCUGAGGCCAAGGAAGGGGCGGCGUCCAGCUGGGAGAGGGACAUACAGCACCUCCAGAUGCACAUGCAGAGCCACCAGCACAAGAGUUCAAGGCAGCAGACAGAGCCUGUACUGGGGGAUUCUGGAGACAGUUGUGCUAAAGGAGCAGAGCCAGAUUGUCGCCUGACCACUGCGUCUCAGAGCCUUGAAGAAAUGGCAAGAGAAGAAAGGCAGGAAAAUCCAUCUGAUCUGGGUCACCUGGACUUUGGACAGCUCUCAGACCAAACCCAACAGGAGGAGAAAUGCAACAGCAGGAGUUUGGGAACUUUUAAUGAUGCACCCAGUAACUUGGUUAGCCUGGGGGAUGGAAACAGCCCAGAGUCAUUCUAUGAAAGUAAAAACACAGAGAUAUUGUGUAAAAAGGAAGAGGUGGGGCCAACCUCUGCUGAAGACUCUGGGACUGUAUCAGAUGAGAAGGAAUGCACUGUGAGCCCGUGUGCAAGUGUAAACGGUGCUGUAAAUCUUCCAUCCUCUGGAAAUACAAAUGAGGCAGCUGGAAUGACAUCUGCUGGAGUUGUUCUGGAUCAAGCUGGCUUGGGCAGUACAGAUAUUGCCCAUCAGGAAGUGCAAGGUGCCGAGGAGCGUGCAGCUGGCACUGUUGCUGCUGUGGUUGCAGCUGCAGGUGAAGCCCCAGCUUCCUUGGAGGGCCUGGAUGUGGUUAUGGGCCAAACUGAAUGCAGAAACUGUGCUGGGGCCGCUGAGAGGGCUGCGGGCCAGCAGCAGGGAGAGGAUGGGAUGGCAGAGGCGGGCGAGAGGACUGCAAACCUGGAAGAGGAAUCUCCAGCUAAGGAGGAGUCAGCCAGUGCUGCUCAGCCCUUACUCAGUGGUUUUAAUGGCACUGAGUGUUCGAAUGGGGAGGAUGCAAACAUGGGAGUGGCCUGGGAUGGUACAAAUGCAGAUGGUGGCACUGACGAUGUCUCUGUUGACCUUUGCAAGACUGGCGAUAACAAAGAGACUGGAUCAUGCACCGGUCAGGUAAACGGUGACUUCGUGGAAAGCCAAGGCAAUGCCUGUGUCACAGCAAGGCAGGAUGUCACUGCGAGCGCUGGGGAAGCACUACCAGCAGUGAAUGGAGUGAAGGUUCCUGCCUGUGCAUCAAAACCUGAUCCUGGUUCAGAGAUCCAUGGCAGCGGUAAGAGCGGGGAGCGAGAAAGGCGGGUGGAAGCAGGUUGCAUAGAUGGAAAAUCCAGCUUGCCCUCACUGGAAGGCAGUGUGCAAACUGAUGGCCCUGAUGCUGAACUUGAAAACAGUGAUGUUGGUGGAUCUAAUGGAAGCGGUGCAGAACCUGAGCAUUGCCAGGAGAGCAGUGAGAUCACUGACCAUGGGGCUGAAGCAAUGGAGAGCAGUGAAAAGGAGCCAGCAGGAACUGAUACCAGCAGCCCCAGAGAUGGAGGAAGUGUAAAUUCUGCAGGUCAGGAAGUUGAUGGCUGUCGCCUUUCUGCUGCUCAGACUGGCAUUAAAGAUGAAAUGGGCAACAACUUCAAACCAAUCAUUGCUCAGGAGAGUGAACAUGAGCCUGCAUCGCUCCCUCCAGAGGACUUGAGCACAGGCCUGGCAGAGAAGGAGCCUGCCCAGACCGAAGCAGAGAUAGCAGAAAGUGCUUCAGAGCAGGAGGGGCUGAACAAUGAGGUGAAGUCGCCUGCUCCCCUGCCCAGAGGAGAGGGACUGGCUGUGAGUCAGGAGGGAGAUGCUGCAGUGGCACCUCCUGGGCAGGAGGCAGCUCUACAAGGUAAUGACCCUGGAUUAGUGCCAUGUGCCAAUGGUACAGACUGUGCCAAGGAUAAUUUAAUGGGCACACCCUCUGCAAUUCAUAAUGAGGACUCUAAACAAAACCAGGAAGCAGUGGCGGCGGGGGCAGACUCGGCAGAGCUCUCCUGGCAGCACGGCGGGGAGCAUGGCGGGGUAGCUGCCGGCAGGCCCAGGGACCGUGCUGGGGAUGAGGGCUCCCUGGAACACGGCCUCUCUCAGGCUGAAGGAGGCAAAGCUGAGCCUGAGUGGGAGGCUCAUGCGAAUGGCAAAGACCAGGUUUUGUCAGAGGAACUUCCUGCUGCUCUUGUGAAAUCCUCUGCCUGCAGUCUUGGGGGGCCUGUGGUGGGCAGCAGCAAUGUGGAUGCUGGGCUAAAAGAAAAACCUGAAGAAGCGCGGAAGGCCGGAGCAGUGGCCGCAGGAGAAGGCACCAUGCAUGGACCUUCCUCAGCAGAUGAGUCACUGGGUGCAGAGAGUGACCCUUGUCUGAAUGCGGGGCUGAACCAAGAACAUGAUCCCAGUCAGACCCUACAACGGAUCUCCCUGCACAGCAGCACCUCUGAGUUAAAGGACACCUCAGAAAUGGGAGCCCCGAGUGAUGCCUGUGAGGGUAAGGAAGUACUGAGGCCGGUGACAAUGACCCCUGUUGCAGCAUAUCCGGAGGAGCAGGAGGAUACGGACAGCGUGCUUCCCCGGGCAGCACUGCAGCCCAUCGCAGAGGAGCCCACGUGUGACAGCGACUCCAGCACCGACACCGUUUGUCCGGCCGGCGAGGGUGAUGCUGGUCCCGUUGGGAAAGCAGCUCAAGGGGAGGCCUUGGAUGAGCAUGAUGGAAAGCAAAGCCAAGCUGUGCCUGAAAUGCACGUCUCACCAUGUUCCUGCCAUUUACCUGCUUUUGAGUCACUGGAAAAUGUGGGAGUAAAGAGUUUGGUAUUGGCAGACGAUGACUCCUCUCUGGAUAAAGUUCCUAAAAUGGUAAAAAGUUUUGAUGCGGUGGUUUUUGCAGCAGAGAUACCUCGUUCUCCUGAAUUACCAACCCCAGAAAAAGGGGUGCUUGAGCCCCAGGCUGCAGUGGAUGUUGGAGUCAGCCGUAAUGGAGAAAUGGAUUUAAGUUCCUCAACAAAGAAGAAGAAUGUCAGCCUGGCAGUGCAAGGAGCUGAGCCUGUUACAGGGAAGCUGGAAAUGAAAACUGAGGACGAGGUGGAUUUUCUGAAAGACGGCACCGAGAGCGCUGCCCGCGAGGAAGUGAUAAACCGUGAAAGCUGGUGUUCGCUGGAGCCGUGUCCCGAUCCCUCCCUGCUGGAGCGCAAGCGGACACGGGAGUCUCCAGAAUGUGAGAACUUCCUGGAGGAUGGGCUGAGUGGUGUCUGUGCCUCGUCACAGGGUGGUCUUAAAAGAGAGUCCGGGAGCGAGUCUGACCUCUUCCCCUUGUCUGGUGAUGGGAUGGAAGACCUUGUCUUUGGAAAGCAGCCUGAAGAGGAGCAGUCUGCAUGUGAUGUCACCAGCUCCAGUUCCUCUGCAGAUGACACCAUGUCCCUGGAGAGGAACUCAUCCCUGGGCAGCGACACAUCCCUUCCCUUCCCACCGACUGUUAACUUUGCCCAGCCCAAGGACAGGCACAGCCUGGAUGGCAGCUGCACCAACAUGGUGGCCUCUGAGGGAGGAGAGAAGGAAGAGGAGCUGGACAGUAUCACAGAUGUGCCCACCCAUUCCUCUGUCUUACGCAACUCCAUGCGGCCACUGUCUCCUUUCCGUCGGCACAGCUGGGGGCCAGGGAAGAAUGCCACCAACGAAGCAGAAAUAAACCAGAGGAGUUCAAUGCGAGUUCUGGGGGAUGGUAUAAAGAAGCCUCCCAUUCAUAGGAGAAGUUUGAGCUGGUGUCCCUCAGGCGUACAGUACCUUGCCAUGGGUCCUGACUUUACUUGUAGAAGUUACAGCCUAGAAGGCCUUGCUGGAGACUCUGGUGAGAACAAGAAGCCCUCUACAAACUUGGAGGCUUCUUCCCUGAGCUCCAAAGACCUCAGGCGGAGUCCACUUGCCAGCAAUCAGUGUGGGUCACUGGUCCUGCUCACUGAAGAGCAAGGAGAAAUCAGAGACUAUGGUCACCAGGCGCGUCAGACAUCGCAGCCACAAGGAUUUAAUUUCUGUUCUUCUGCUGCUUCAUCUCCACUGACCAAAUCCAUGUCUCUAAUGUCAAUUAGCAAACCAGUGCUCGACAGUACGCAGUCGUUCGGCGGCUCCACGGGCUCCUCAGUUCAGAGCAUAUCUGAAGAGAGCAGCAGUGUCCCCGCUGGCAAAGGUGUAACGAAAGUCAGUCGCACCUUCAGCUACCUCAGGAAUAAAAUGUCCAGCAGCAAGAAGAGCAAAGAAAAGGAGAAAGAUAAAGAGAAGACUAAAGAGAAGGACAAAGAUUCCAAGGAGAAGGAAAAAGAUAAGAAGCAGUCAAAUGGACAUGCCUUCACUGCAACCACUGUUGUAGCCCAAGCAACCUGUUACCACUGUAUGAAGCCUUUCAAUAAGGAUUCGUACCACUGUGCAAACUGCAAUGCAAUUGUUCACAAAGGCUGUAAGGAGAGUUUUGCUUCUUGUGCAAAGGUCAAAAUGAAGCCACAGAGAGGGAUGCUGCAGGCACAUGAUACCUCUUCGUUACCCACAGUAACCAUGAGAAACAAAAGCUCGCAGCCCAAGGAGCGCCCUCGCUCAGCAAUCCUUGCUCCUGAUGAAAGCACUGUCACCUCAAUGUUCAACAGCAGGAGAUCAUCACAGCAGCCUACGGCACUUUCUAAAAGUGUCUCGAUACAGAACAUUGCAGGCAGAGUUGGGAACGAUGACAACUUAAUACACACUUGGAAAUUCCUGUCGCAGUCAACAGACUCCUUACAUAAAAUCAGCCGGGUGAAUGAAUCCAUGGAGUCACUGGUUGAUGAAGGAGCGGACAUGAAUGAAGGACAGCUCAUGGGAGAACUGGAAUUAGAUUCCAAGCAGCUGGAGGCAGAGUCCUGGAGCCAAGUAGUGGACAGCAAGUUCCUACAGCAGCAAAACAAAGAUGUUGUCAAACGGCAAGAUGUCAUUUAUGAGCUAAUGCAGACAGAAAUGCAUCAUGUCCGCACCCUGAAGAUCAUGAACGAUGUGUACAGCGCAGCGAUGUUGAAGGAGCUGCAGUAUGAUCAACAAGUCAUUGACAAGAUCUUUCCCUGCCUGGAAAACUUGCUGCAAAUCCACAGUAACUUUUUCCAGCGGAUUCUGGAAAGGAAGAAGGAGUCAUUGGCAGACAAAAGUGAAAAGAACUUUGUUAUCAAGAGGAUAGGUGACAUCCUAGUGAAUCAAUUCUCUGGUGACAGCGCCGAGCGAAUGAAGAAAACCUACGGCAAAUUCUGUGGGCAUCACAACGAGGCAGUCAAUUACUUCAAAGAUCUGUACUCCAAGGACAAGCGGUUUCAGGCAUUUGUCAAGAAAAAAAUGAGCAGCUCCCUGGUGAGGCGUCUUGGGAUUCCUGAAUGUAUCCUGUUGGUAACGCAGAGAAUCACAAAGUACCCUGUCCUUUUACAAAGGAUACUGCAGUACACCAAAGAAAACGAAGUGGAACAUGAAGACUUGACUCAGUCAUUAAACCUCGUUAAAGAUGUGAUUGCUGCAGUCAACAGCAAAGUCAGCAAUUAUGAGAAGAAAAUGCGUCUUGGUGAGAUUUACAACCGGACGGACAGCAAGUCCAUCAUGAGGAUGAAGAGUGGCCAGAUGUUUGCAAGAGAGGACUUGAGGCAUCGGAAACUCAUCCGAGAUGGGCCUGUUUCACUAAGAAGUGCAGCUGGACGGCUAAAAGAAGUCCAGGCUGUUCUCCUCUCUGACAUGCUCGUGUUCCUUCAGGAGAAGGACCAGAAGUAUGUGUUUGCCUCACUGGACCAGAAAUCCACUGUGAUCUCUCUGAAGAAGUUGAUAGUACGGGAAGUGGCUCAUGAAGAGAAAGGUUUGUUCCUGAUCAGCAUGGGCGGAAAAGAUCCCGAAAUGGUGGAAGUCCAUGCCAGCUCCAAAGAAGAACGUAACGGCUGGAUACAGAUAAUUCAGGACACAAUGAACACCAUGGAUAGAGAUGAAGAUGAAGGAGUCCCUUGUGAGUCUGAGUUCGAAAAGAAAUUGUCUGAUGCAAAACUGAGAGGACUGAAAGAACAACUUCAGCAGAAGGAUAAGCAGAUCUUGCUCUUGCUGGAGGAGAAGACGAAGAUCUUCCGGGACAUGGCAGACAGUUCUGUGCAGGAGGAGAUGCCAGGCUCCAGGCUGCUCUUCAGAGCCAACACAGAAGAGGCUCCGAAAGGAGAGGCCAUUAUGAAAACAGCAAUAAAUGAAGUUGAACUGCUGCAAGACCUGGUGAACAGGAGCCUGGGCACUGCCCUUGGACAGCAGGUCAGCAGCACUGCCAUGGAACAGGAAGGAGGAGUUGGCCCCGUCUCUCUUCCUAGAAGGGCAGAAACUUUUGGAGGAUUUGACAGUCAUCAGAUGAACGCUUCCAAGGCAAAGCAGAAGGGAGGUGUUUCCUCCUGCAAAGAGGUGGAAGGUCCCAGGACGUGGCGCAGGAGAGAAGGUGGAGCGAAAGAUGAAGGUGAUGACGCUCAGGACCUUCGAAGAACAGAAUCAGACAGCAUUUUAAAGAAGGGUGGAAAUGCUAAUCUGAUGUUCAUGUUGAAAAGGAAUAACGAGCAGGUCCUCCAAACCAUUACCAGCCUCCAUAAGUUGCUCAGUGCUUUGCAGGGUGUUGUGCUGCAGCAGGACACUUACAUUGAGGACCAGAAGCUGGCUCUGAGUGAGAGGGCUCUGACCCGAAGCUUCUUCCGGCCGACCUCGCUGCUGGAGCAGGAGAAGCAGCGCAACCUGGAGAAGCAGCGCCAGGAGUUGGCCAACCUGAAGAAGCAGCAGACACAGCACCAGGAGGAGAGGCGGAGGAGAGAGAAGGAAUGGGAAGUCCGGGAGAAGGAACUGGCAGAGCAGGAGGCCCAACUGGCCCAGCGUGAGGAGCAGGUCCAGAGAAGGUGGCAGGAGCUGGAGCGGGAACGAGAGGAGCUGCAGAUGAAGAAAGCUGCCUACCAGCUCGACCUGGAGAGGCUUCGCACGGCACAGAAGCAACUGGAGAGGGAGAAGGUGCAGCUCAAGCAGGAUAUGGAGCGAUUAUCUCAAAUGCGGCAGGAGCCUGACCACAACCAGGUUUCAAAUCUACAUGAGAAACUUGCAAGAGUCUCCUCCCAGUCCAGCAUCGAUGAAUCCUCCAAGCAGAAGAGCCCUUCCCUUCCUAAACAAGGGCACUUUGAUGCAGAACUGUCUGUCUCCCCCAAAAGGAACAGUCUUUCAAGGACACACAAAGAGAAAAGCACUUUCCAUUUGCUUAGCACAACAAACCAGACUAACAAGGCAGCUGAGGAACAGACUCAGAUGCCUACUCGCCUCUUCAGUUUAGCCAAACCAAAGGAGAAGAAGGAAAAGAAGAAAAAGGGCAGAGGACAUCGCUCCCAACAGUCUGAUUCUCACUCGUCAGAAGCACCUCCAGAGGGUGAGGAGAUCUUCUGCUGAGCACAGACUGCUCCUGUCUGUGGCCACUCGUGGCAUUGGCACCGUGGACAUCUCCCUGCCUGUUACACAGCACGUGGCUGGUGCCUGCGCUGGACAAGCAUCUGGAGGUUUUAAAUAAAACGUGUUAUGAAGUCUG